AUGACACCCAUACAAGAGUUUGCCCCAGUGUCUUCCAAGGGGGUCUUAAGAAUGUUCAUGCCAGAAAGCAAAGAACGACUCUGGGAUGGAGGGGGCAGACUACGGUUUCCAGAAUUAUUGGGGAGGCCUGUUCAGCAUCCCCCCCACCCUUUGAAUGUGGGCCUCUUGGCCACUCCUGAAUCUCUCGCUGUCUCCUCUCGCCCUCUAGUGGAGGACAAGGUGAAGGACCAGCUGGAAGCGGCCAAGCCCGAACCCAUCAUCGAAGAAGUGGAUCUGGCGAACUUGGCGCCCAGGAAGCCCGACUGGGAUUUGAAGCGAGACGUUGCCAAGAAACUGGAGAAGCUCGAGAAGCGAACGCAGAGGGCCAUAGCAGAGCUAAUAAGAGAGAGGCUCCGGGGCCAGGAAGAGAACUUGGCGUCGGCCAUCGACUCAGCAAAGCCAGACGAAAGCGAUUCGGACUGAGGCUGCCCGUCGAGGGCUCUUGGGGCCCCCGCUUCCCUUUGGUUCAAGGCGGGUCUUGACGCAGAUGACUUGCGAAGGGGCUGUUUCCGUUCUCUGCGAGACUGGCGAGCAAUUCAGACAUGUCUGGUGGAAGACCACGGGGGCUCUGGGAUUUUGGGAUCAGGCACCUGUGAGUGUUAAAAACAGGUGCACGGAGGAGGCAGGAACACCAUCUUGUGGGUCUGAUCUGUGGCGAGAAAUGUCAACGGAGGACACAAGGAAUAAAGGGGGGAAAACAUUUGUUUUCAGAGUAGUGAGAGUUUCAUUCUCUGCGCUCAUUCAGAUUCAGAGACCUCUAUUAGGCAUACCCAACAUGGGGACAAAAGGAAAAAGGAAAGAGUAAAUCCAAUAAGGAACAGUGAAAACAGCGUGAACGGAAGCCAACUGAACCUAGUCCAAAGUGUGCAGCAAAAAUGUGGCUCCGAUUUCCGUUAUUUUGGCCUCCGAAUUGUUGAGCUGAAGAAUCAUCUUUGUGUUGGUAGAAAGACCCGAGAACCCAGCCGAUGUUAAGGCAGAGAUGUCGGGCCUAAAGCUGUCAUACUUGGGGCAGGAGAGCAAGAUGUGUUCAGGGGAAUCAGUAUUGGAAAGGCAGAAAGAACAGCGUCGAUCUUGCCGAGGAAUGUCUAAGAUCCGACCUUGAAAUAAAGGCGACGGAAAGGAAUGACA